AUUUCGUUAAAAUCUGUAACAUAGUAUAUAGAAUAACUAAGCAAAACUAAACAUAUUAAAAAUGGAACAUGAAGCUAAUAGCUUCAUUUACAUACCUUACAUUUGAUGAACCAUUUGUCUCACAUUUGUUGAGUUAUUUGAUGAACGUUUCGACGAAUGUUCGUCCAAACAGGUACUUGUCUUAACCAAUCUUACCUCUUAUGCACAUACUUCUUUGUUUUAUUUCUAUUUUCGUUUGUAGGUUAUAAAAGGUUACAGUUAGUGUUUGUUUAUAGCCAUGUCGAUUGUUACAAAUAUUCCUCAAAAACCUGAAAUUUCCCAAAAAGAAUAUUUGAAGAAAUACCUUUCUAAAGAUAAAGGAGAAAAAAAGAAAAAGAAAGUUAAAAUUUCCUCAUCUAGCCAUCUCAAACGAUCUGUCAUAAUCGAUGAUGACUUAGGAUUACCAAAUGUAGCAUCCGUGGAAGAUGAAGAAUUUAAUCUUGACUAUUUAGGUGAUGAAGCUCCUCAGAUUGCUGGUAUUAUUGAUGAGAGACCUCCAGAAAUCAAAGCCAAAGAAAGUCAUGGGGAUAGAAAUAAGUGGAAACCAGUUGGAGAUCCUGGGGGAAUGGAUUUUCUAUCUAAUGAACAUUCCAUCUCUAAUGGACAAUCAAAUAAUGGCAGUGUUGUGAGAACUGAAAGUGAUGUAUCUUCUUUAAAGGGCAAAAGUAAAUAUCCUGGUGAAGGUGGAACACACUAUGAAAGGGAUUCAAGAGACAGUGAUUCUGACCUUUCCCCACCUCGAGUUAAGAAUAAAUAUGAAGACAAAUCUAAAGAUUCUCAUAAAAGGAGGCCUUUAAAAAAUGAUGAUGAUUCUGAUCUUUCACCUCCUAGGAGCAAACAUAGAAAUAGUGAAAAGGAAUAUAUCUCCAAAAGAAAUAAAGCAAUAUAUGAUUCUGAUACUUCUCCUCCUAGAAGAAGUAGAUAUGAAGAAAAAUCGAGGAGAAAAGGAAGUGAUUCUGAUGUUUCACCCCCUAGGAAAAAUAAACAUGACGACAGAGCAAAGAGGAAACGUAUUGAUUGUGAUCUCUCCCCUCCUAGGAAAAACAAAUAUAAUGACAGUAUAAAGAGAAAAGGAAGUGAUUCUGAUUUCUCCCCUCCUAGGAAAAGCAAACAUGUAGACAGAAUAAAGAGAAGAGGAAGUGAUUCUGAUCUCUCCCCUCCUAGGAAAAACAAACAUGAAGACAGAAAAAAGAGGAAAGGAAGUGAUUCCGAUUUUUCUCCUCCUAGGAAAAACAAAUAUGAAAACAGAGCAAAGAAGAAAGAAAAUGAUUCUGAUCUCUCUCCUCCCAGGAAAAAUAGAUAUGAUGAUAGAGCUAAGAGGAAAGGAAGUGAUUCUGAUCUCUCACCUCCAAGGAAAAAUAAAUAUGAAAACAAAGCAAAGAGGAAAGAAAAUGAUUCUGAUCUCUCCCCUCCCAGGAAAAAUAGAUAUGAUGAUAGAGCUAAGAGGAAAGGAAGUGAUUCAGAUCUCUCACCUCCUAGGAAAAACAAAUAUGAAAACAGAGCAAAGAGGAAAGAAAAUGAUUCUGAUCUCUCUCCUCCCAGGAAAAAUAGAUAUGAAGAUAGAACUAAGAGGAAAGGAAGUGAUUCUGAUCUCUCACCUCCUAGGAAAAAUAGAAAUCAAAUAAAAUCCAGGAGGGCAGGAAGUGAUUCUGAUCUUUCGCCUCCCAGGAAAAAUAGGAACCAAGAGAAAACAAAGAGGAGAGGAGCUGAUUCUGAAUUUUCAUCUUCAAAAAAUAAUCUUGAAAGAAAUGAUAGGAGACAUCACAAAGAUUCUUCUCGUGCAUUUCAUGGAAAGAAUAAUCAUAUGGAUGAUGAAAAUAGGGCAGAUAAAACCCUUGAUGGAAAGAAAGCAGGCUUACAAGAUGCCAAAAAUUUGAAAGAUGAGUUGAGGAAAUUAAAGGAACAAGAGAAUGCCUUGUUUGAAAAGAUGAAAGCUAGUGUUUCUGGAAAAUCUGCUGCUGUUAUAAAGAGAGAUAAAAAAACAGGAAAGAUACGAGAUAUUGAUAAGGAAAAAGAAGAAGAAGUGAAAAAGUCUGCUAGAGUUACGGAGAGAGAAAAUAAAUAUGCUAGAUGGGGAAAAGGUUUGAAACAAAUUGAAGAAGCUGAGGAAAGAGUAGCUGAUUAUCUUCAUGAAGUGAAUAAGCCUUUAGCUCGUUAUGCCAAUGAUCAAGAUUUAGAUAGAAUGUUAAAAGCCAGGGAUAGGGAAGGCGAUCCAAUGUUAGAUUAUAUAAGAAAUAAACAGUCUGAAUCUAUUGAUGUGGAUAACAGAGGUAAACCUACAUAUCAAGGAUAUUACUUACCAAAUAGAUUUAAUAUCCGUCCUGGUCAUAGAUGGGAUGGGGUAGAUAGAUCAAAUGGCUACGAAAAACAAUGGUUCGAAAAGCAAAAUGCAAAGAAAGCAUUGCAGGAAGAGGCUUACAAAUGGAGCACUUCUGAUAUGUAACAGGAAAACAUGACGCUUUUCAUCAAUGUGAUACUUAAAAUGCAGUUAAAAGAUGAGAAAUCUAAUUAUUCAUUGCUUUAAUAAUGUAAUGUAAUUGUUAUGAAGUAUUUGGUCUACAUUUGUACAAAAAAUAUAUCUACAUGACAAGUUUGAAAUGUGAUGACUGAGUUAAUUUAACAGAUAGAAGUCCCAACCUAAUCUUACAGAAAUUGUAGUUCUUUGGCUAAAUGCUUAUAAUUGUUUAAAUGAGGGAAUUUAUUGUAACUAUUUUACAAAUAUUUGUUUAAAUACAUGAAAUAUGUUUUUAAAUAAAUUUGGUUUAUUGAACUUUUAUUAAAAUUUAAUUUGGCCUUGAUCAAUUAUUGUCCCGAUUAAAAAUGAAUCUGAUAAGUAACAUAAGUAAUGCCUGUAAAAAAUUAAUUUACCACUGUAAUAAAUUUACUGGUUAUUUGAAAACAUAUUAGAAUGAGUUAAAUAUAUCACAAUUGAACACUUAACUUAAAAUGUGUAUAACUUUAAUGGUCCUAUAAUCCAAACUAUACAAAAAAAAAAAAAAAAAAAAAAAAAUGUAUGACCUCAAAAACUGGAAGGAAGGUUGUGUGAAGUGCAUAUGACUGACCUACCUGUUUUGUGGCAGUCCAAUUAUGGAACAAGUCACAAUUUUUUAUUCAUGGUUGUACAACCAUUUUAUAAGAAACUAGAUUUUAAGUUAGAAUUGAAACUAUAAAUAAUGUACAUAUUGUAAAAUUCUACCAAACUAAAAGUUGAUGUAUAUAAAAUUGUUUAUUUUAUAUAUGAUAGAUAUUAGAUAAUUUUUAGUUUUAUAAAAUCCACAAUUCUUAUUUGCUCUAGGGGUUAAU